AUGUCUUUUUUGGACUUCACCGUGGACUUCACCGUGGACUUCACCGUCGCAGCGGCUGCGGAUGGCCGCUUGAAGGCGGCAGGUCGCUUCAUGAUGGAGGAUCCAUGGACAGAGCUAUCGCUGACCUUUCAGCUGAACUCGCUGGAGAGAGUGGAGAGGGAGCAACAGGGCCUCAUCGAGAAGCUCAGCAUCUCGGGAAAGCGACAGUUGGUUUAUGGUGACUGGAACCUGGGACUGGAGAGUCUUUCCCUGGAGCUCUACGAAUGCAAUUUCUUGGGCCACUGGGAGCUUCCGACUUGGGCAAGGCUCGCGGUUUUGGGCCGCGUCUUCGAUGUGUCCUCCGGGAAGGACUUCUACGGUGAGGGCGAAAGCUAUCGACUCUUUGCAGGACACGAUUGCUCCCGUGCUUUCGCCCUCACCAAGCGGCAGGUGGAGAUGCUCGACCGCGGCCUGGACGGGCUGAGCGAGAUGCAGCUGCGGCACCUGAAUCGGACAUAUUGGGAGACCUACAUCAAGAAGUAUCCGGUGGUUGGCAAGCUUCGGGAUGCUCCCUACAACCCAGUGGACUACGACCACUUCGCUGGGCCCUUUGCUCGAGUGCUGCCCACCCGGCGCGCGGGCGAAGCGAAGCCAGUCCUCGAGGACGAGGACGAGGACGCCCUUGGCGACACCGCUCCGUCCUCGAAACCACGGGAGUCAAGGUGUCCAGUGACCCGCGCCGCCAAAGCCGUGAGCGCGGCCUUCGUGAACCUUCUGCCUCGGCAGCUGCUGGGCUAA